GGAACCUCCCCUCUCUGCCCCCUCUGCUCGUUUCAGGUCACCUUCUAUGAAGACAAGAACUUCCUGGGCCGUUACUACGAGUGCGACAGCGACUGCCCCGAUUUCCACACCUACCUGAGCCGCUGCAACUCCAUCCGUGUGGAUGGAGGCACCUGGGUGGCCUACGAGAGGCCCAACUAUGCUGGGAACAUGUACGUGCUGACCCACGGGGAGUACCCUGACUACCACCACUGGAUGGGCCUCAAUGACCGCCUGGGCUCCUGCAAGUACAUCCAGAUCCCAAGUGGAGGCCGAGGCCACAUCCAGGUGUUUGAGAAGGGAGAUUUUGGCGGGCAGAUGUUCGAAGCCACCGAAGACUGCCCCUCCAUCAUGGAGGAGUGGCACAUGCGUGAGGUGCACGCCUGCAGGGUGCUGGAGGGCGUCUGGGUGUUCUACGAGCAUCCCAACUACCGGGGCCGGCAGUACGUGCUGCCCAAGGGGGAGUACCGCAAGCCCGUGGAGUGGGGCGCGGCCAGCCCCGCCGUCCAGUCCUUCCGCAGCAUCUCCGAGUGAGCCAGCCCCGUGGAGGGCUGCCACACCCCCCCAAUAAAGCAACUGAGUCGCUCA